AAACCUCGGCAUCUGAGUAGCAUCUCCUGUGCAACAGCUCUUGAGUCACCCCACUUCCCUGUGCCUCAGUUUCCCUAAUCUGCAGAUGGGGCAAUUGUGGCACUGGGAUGGUGUGACUGGUCCUGCGGUGAGUCAUCUCCAAGGGGAAUGGCAGCCGAAACUCAACUGACAGCCUUGUUGGUCCUGAAUUCUUCCUGAGCAGUCCUGUCCCACUGUGCCUCACAGUGGGAGCUCUGCAGUACUGGCCUUGUGGUCACAACCAGGAGGGAGGUUGGUGUCAGCUGCCUGGUCCUGGGUGCUGCCUCUGCUGUACUGGGGAUGGCCUGGCAGCUUGGUGGGGUUUAGGUGCUGAGGUUUCCCUGCGUUAAUAGGUGGUGACUCAGCACAAGCAUGCUGGCAGGUCCUGAGCUCAGCAAGCAGGUCUGGCUCCAUCCCUCCCUCCCUCCCUCCCACAGCUGAUUACCUGUGAUGCACGAAUCCCUCUGAAGGCAGGAACUUGUCCAGACCUGACACCAUGCUGGCAGUGCAGGGAGCACACAGGCUGUAUGAUGCCCUGGCCCAGGGUUGUGGUGGCAGCAGCUCUCUCCUCCUGUGCUCACUGCUGCAACCCCCAGCAGCUGGCCAGGGCUGGGGGGUGCCCUGGGGCUAUUUGCCCUGCAAGUGGAAGUGGGAUGUAGCUGGGUUGAUUCCACUCUUUCCUGCUCCGAUGGGAAUGGCAGAGCAGGUCUGACAUUCCCGUGAGGAGUGGCUAAUAUUUUGGUGUUGGGGUCUUUGUUCUGGGACCAGUGCCCAGCCUUAUGGUCUGCCCUUGAGCAGGUACAAAAGCAUGGGUGAUUUCAGGCAGGGUGGCAGCAGCUUGGGAUAUCAUUUUCUGCCUGUAGGCCUGAGAUCAGGACUAUAGGGCUGCAUCCACAGGUGUCACAGAUCUAUCAAGCUCAAUCGUCCUUUCCACUGCUGCCUUCACCCUCUGCUUGCCCCACUUCCUGAGAGGUGACUGUGCUGGGACACAUGUGGCCUGUGAUGAGGUACUGGGGAACUCUUGUUCCUGGGACCACCAGAGCCCAAGGACAAGGCUACAAUGCCAGGAGAUAGCUGGGGCAAAACUUCUGCCUCUUCCUUGGAGACUUUCAAAACGUCACAUGGAGGGAGAGGGAAAGGUGUGGGCUGUUUGAAUUAGCGAUGAGUCAGGCUGGCAAAGCCAGAUGGGGAGAGUGCGUGCCUGCGUGUUUGUGUGCUUAUAAGUAAUCUCUGGCUUUGUGUUUUUAUUAUGAUUAUUAUUUUAUUUCCAGGGGAACGAUGAAUUUCUCCAACCAUCCCGUCCCACUGGAAAGGCUGGCUCUGCUGUCCUGUCUUCCCUAAGCAUCCUGGGAGAUGGAGUGACGGUUCACGGCUGUUUUGAGUGCUGUUUAACAGGAUGAAAGGACUGCUAACAACCCGCCAUGAGUGGUAAAAAGAGAGGCCCGCUUUUUGGUCUUACAAAACUCUCCAGGGAGCUGCAGUACCAGGCUUGCCAGGCAGGCAGAGAGCUGGAGGGGACGGACAGGACGGCGCAGAGAAGGCCAGAGGGCAGGCGGAGACAUGGCGACGGGGGCAGAUGUACGGGACAUCCUGGAACUGGGAGGUGUGGAGUCAGAGAACACGGGCACCAUCAACAAAAAGGACAUCAUCAACUCGGAUAAGAAAAAAUCCAAGAAAUCUUCAGAGACAUUGACGUUUAAGAGGCCGGAAGGAAUGCACCGAGAGGUUUAUGCACUCCUCUAUUCUGACAAAAAGGAUGCACCUCCGCUGCUGCCAAGUGAUACAACUCAGGGUUACCGAACAGUCAAAGCAAAACUGGGCUCCAAGAAAGUCCGGCCGUGGAAGUGGAUGCCUUUCACCAACCCAGCGAGGAAAGAUGGAGCCAUGUUCUACCACUGGAGGAGAGCAGCAGAGGAAGGGAAGGAUUACCCUUUUGCCAGAUUUAAUAAAACAGUGCAGGUUCCUGUUUACUCAGAGCAGGAGUACCAGAUGUAUCUCCACGACGACGCGUGGACCAAAGCUGAGACAGACCAUCUCUUUGACCUGGCUCGGCGCUUUGAUCUGCGCUUUGUGGUCAUUCACGACCGCUACGAUCACCAGCAGUUCAAGAAAAGGUCAGUGGAGGACCUGAAGGAACGGUAUUACCACAUCUGUGCCAAGCUGGCAAACAUUCGUGCAGCUCCAGGCACAGACCUAAAAAUCCCAGUCUUUGAUGCUGGCCAUGAGAGACGAAGGAAGGAACAGCUGGAAAGGCUUUACAAUAGGACACCAGAGCAGGUGGCAGAAGAAGAAUACCUCAUCCAGGAGCUCCGCAAAAUUGAAACCAGGAAGAAAGAGAGAGAAAAGAGAACCCAAGAUCUGCAGAAGCUCAUCACAGCUGCUGACACCACCACUGAGCAGAGGCGUGCUGAGCGCAAGGCUCCCAAGAAGAAGCUGCCACAGAAGAAGGAGACAGAGAAGCCUGCUGUUCCUGAGACUGCUGGCAUCAAGUUUCCUGACUUCAAAUCUGCAGGUGUCACGCUGCGGAGCCAGAGGAUGAAACUGCCAAGCUCGGUGGGACAGAAGAAGAUUAAAGCCCUGGAGCAGAUGCUGAUGGAACUCGGAGUAGAUCUCAACCCUAUGCCCACAGAGGAGAUUGUGCAGAUGUUCAAUGAGCUGCGAAGCGACCUGGUACUGCUGUACGAGCUGAAACAAGCCUUUGCCAACUGCGAGUAUGAGCUGCAGAUGUUACGGCACCGCUACGAGGCCCUGGCCAAAGCUGGGAGCAUUGGCCCCCUCAGCGUGGAAGGUGCCCAUCCAGAUGGCCAGACAGGGCUUGGCAUCGAGGAGGGCAAGGGAGAUACCAAGGACCAGAUCAUUGAUGUAGUAGGAGCACCACUGACCCCCAACUCGGUGAGAAGGAAGGUCGGGGGGGCAGAACAGGGCGCACUCAGGUCUCCGACGCAGAUGCCCUGACAAGCGCUGGGGAUGCUGCCCUGCUCUCCCUCCAGGCAUGCGCGUCCAAGGGAGCAGAACACGCCUGUUCCCCCCCAAGUCCCAGUGCUGCUCUCUGGGCUUGUCUCCUGUGCUGGACAGUGUUCUUGGUGCUACAGGUGGGGUCAGCAGGGCUUUCUACAUCCUGCAUGCAGGCAGAUGGCUUGGUGUGGGUGCCACCGUGGACCAAAGCGGUGAGGCUUUGGGUGAUGAGAGCUUGUUCUAAGGCAGCGACAGUACAGCUGCAAACCUGAGGCAUUUUCCCUCUAUACACAGCCUUGUAAGGGUUGCUCAGCAGAGGGAAGUGAGUGGGGAAAGCAGUCUUCAGGUGAUGAGACGUGACCUGCCCAAGACCCUGGAGUCAAGCAGUAGUCCUUCCUGGAGCAGGAGGCUUGGGAAGGACAGAGGUGUUUGAAGAGCAAAGGAGGGUUUCUAUACUCUACUUCCAGUGCCAAGAAAGAAAAGCUAGGCCUGGGGCUUCUUCCAGUGUAAGCCCUGUGGCAAUGUCCUGUGCAUGUACCUCUGCAGGAUGUGAAUCACCGGCCUCUCCUCCCUGCCUCCAGGAGGGCAGGUUGCCCAGCCCCUCACCACUGCCUCAGGGCCAAGGGUAAGCCUGGGGAUCAGCUGAAGCUGCUUUCCCCUCUGUGCAGUCCCCUGGCACAGCUGAGCUGAACUGCCUGAUGAAAGCUGCCCAUCUCCACACCGUGGCAUCCGCGACGCCUCCAAUGCACUGCCCCUGGUAGCGGCACAGACCUUUACUUUCUAAAAUGUAUAAUGUAUUGCAGGAUAUUGAGAACACCUUAUCUGUCAACGGCAGAGGCGACACGUUAACCUGGACUUGAGUAAUGUCCUAUUUGAUUGUGACAAUGUUGAGUCGUAAGGAAGAGUUCCACUGAGACAGGUUCAUGUUUGUAAAGGAGUCUUUUGAAUUAUUAUUUUUUUUUUCCUUACUGCAUUCAAUCUGGAAUCUCGCCCCUCCCUCCCCGCAGUAUGAAGUGUCCUGGUUUGCAAACUUUUCGGGCUGAUUUACAGUACGCUUGGUCUCCCUUGAGAACUGGCUUGUUGGGAAGGUGGGAGAGAUGGUGGUGGUGGCUGUAACUGCAGGAGGAGGGAGCCCAUGCGUGUGUUUCUUUACCACAUUGUUCCUCGGUGCUACCUCCUGGAAUUGGAAACAAAGGCAUGGGCCCAAACAGCACAGAGAGGGUUAAACUGACCUGGUCUCUGACAUAUUUGAAAGAAAUAUAAUCAAGUUAAUUCACUGCAAGGCAAAUUCAGUACCUAAAGGGCCCCCAUGUUAAAUACAGCACUGACCUUUACCGGCUGAUUACACAAAGACGACACAAUUAGAUUAGUCCAAGACAAAAGGUCAAGCACAUUCACACUGUGACCAUUUUUUGCUACCUUUUGAGUGGGGGGAGAUUACAUCCCAUCUGGAAGGGUAUUUUGGAGAGGAAGAGGAUGGGGCUGCUGUACCAUGUUCUGCCUGGUUCAGAUAUGUUUGGAGAGCCAGGCAGGGCCUGGCACUGUGCUUGCCCUGAACUUUUCUACAGUUGUUGGGUUAUGUGGUGGUGGGAGAGAUCAACACCCUGCAGCCCACAGCCAGCUUUUCCAAAGAUAGGCUGAGCUGAGUCGAGGUCAUGUUCUGGUGAUCUUCCCUGCCCUGCCCGGAGCUGGCAGAUACAGUUCUGGUGCCUCUUGUCCAGCAUGGUGGCUGAAAUUUGCCUCUGGAACAUUGUUGGGCUCGGUCAACACUGAGAAGGGGAAUGGCUGAUGGGUGCAUGCAUGUGUCCCCACCCUGCACAAUGAUGACCCCAAGGUGUCCCAGGCCGUGGUGGGGACAGCAGGGCCAGGACAUGGUGCUGAGGAAGCAGCCUGUGGAAGCACAGCGCUUUGUCCCUGCCCCACGGUGCUGGCAGGAGGGUAGCAGUGUGGCUGGUGGUAGGAACAAGCAGCUCUGGAGCACAGCAGUGCAUUUUGAUGGCCAUUCCUUCCCUCACCUCCUGCAGCUGUGGGUGCUUGGCCAUGGCACCUGCCCUUGUCCUGCUGCAGUGGUUUAACCCUGCCAUGCCAGCCUUGAACUUCUGAGUUCAAGCAUGUGCUUUGCCACUGAGCUGCCAGGGCCUUUGGGGGAAUCAUUUAAUCUCCCUCCUUCAAAUUCCUCUGAGUUGGAGAAUCCCUUUGUGCUGUCUAGCACUGCCUGUCCAUGGCACUCUACAUGUUGGAUUAAGCAUGGAUUAGUUCAGCCUCCAAACCAGCUGCUCCCCUGAAGCCAGAUUUGUUUCCCUGGAGCGAAGUAUUUUGCUCCAGAUGUUGGAGGGAGUGAAUGGCAAAGCCAGGAAUAGGACUCGGAGUCCUGACUCCUGAGCACUGCCUGGCAUGCCUGGAUUCCUUUCCAGGAAUUUGAAUGAAUGGGCAAAGGCACACCAGGGUCCUUUGAGAUACUGGUUUUGUCAGCAACUGUCUGCCACCACUUCACUUGGCCAGCAGUGGGGCUGGGGACAUGUCAGCAGGGUGUGUGAGCCAGGCUGGGAGAGACAUCUGUCUCAGAGCCCAUGGGGCAGUGGGAAGCCUGGUGCUGUCCUGCCCCACUGUGUCCACCAGUUUUCUCCUACCCUGGCUACCUGUCCACCCUCUCCCAGGGACUUCAGUGCCCAUUGCUGACCAUUAAAGCUGAGCUGGGAUCCCCCCCAGUGCUGUUUGAGGCUGACCCCGGUAGGGACUUUACUCGGGGCCUUUGGGAGGUGAAAGGUGAGCCGAACUCGGAACAAAUUAGUUCCAAGCAGAAGUUCAGCCAGUUACUCCAGAUUGGAUCCUUUGAUUUCCACAACUCAGACUCCACUCAGUGAUCUGUAAUGAGUGACUCUCAGAAAUCCUCACAUUGCAGCACUUUGUUCCUGAGCUCACAAGUCAGCCCAUUAAUGGGUAAAGGAAAGGACCUUGAGUCUAAGAAGUCUCGGGUUCAGAGUCAGAAUUAUUUGACUUUUAAGCUUCCUUUAUCUGAACUCCUGCUGACUUCUUGUUUUCUGAGCCUGUUUGAAAGCUAGAAGUUACAUUGUUAAGAUCAAACAUUCUCUCUUUCCAGAUGGAGUUACAAUAUCUGUCUUUUAUAUAUAUAUAUUUUAAUAUAUAUAGUGUAUAUAUACCAGGGUGUAUAUAUAUUCUUCUCUUUUUUUUAAUCGUUCUUUCCAUUAAAAGAAACUAGACUUGUAAGCUCUUGUAAAUUAUAAUGUAAAACAUUUUUUUUAACCAGACAGUUCCCAAUUUUGCCCGAGGCAACUGGAAUAGCUGUGCCACGGAAGGCAAUAGGAAGGUGAUUAAUAUGAAUUUGUGACAUAUUUGAAAGAUGGGUCUUUUGCCAUAUAAAGAUUAUCAAACACA